AUCACCAAGGGCUUAUGUUAGCGUCUUUCCCCUUUACUCACUCACUCUCUCUCUCUCUCUCUCUGUUAAUUUUCUCCGUUACCUACGACAAUGGCUUCUCUUCUCCACUCCCCUCCUUCCAACCCCAGGUACUACCUCUCUCUCUGCCCACCUUCCAACCCCAGGGUGGGCCAAGUGUGCCUAGGCACGAAAUUUGACCAGCUGCAAAAAGGCAUCAUGCAUUUCUCUGUUUGUCUCCAAAUCCAGAAAUCUAAUGUCAAGAUUUACAAGAUUCCCCAGCGUGCCAUUGCAAGACCUUUUGCUACAGCUGGUUCAUUGGAAAAGAAUGGGGCAAAUGGUCAUGUUUCUUCAAAAAUCUUGGCUCCGAAUGAUUUUGAAAGGUCUAAAGUAUUGGACGAUAGCUCAGGCGUGCCCAUGCAUGGCUUGUACGAUUUUGAGAGGCAAUUGCAAGAGUUAUUUGAUGAAGUCAAAACUACGAUUAAGGAGGGCAAUAUAAAUGAUGCUGUCGAUAUACUACGGGCAAAUUACAAUUCUGUGAAAGACCAGAUGGAUGCAGGUGCUAGAGGCAUAGAAGAAGCUGCUAUGCUUGACAUAAUUACCCUAGGAUACAUGGCUGUUGGUGACCUAAAGUUGGUUGCAUCUUUAUUGGAUAUGUUGAAUGAGGUUGUUUCUGGCUUAAAGAAUGAGGAGCCGCUUCUGGAUUCAGUACUUGUGCAUAUGGGAAGUAUGUAUUCAGUUUUGGGGAAGUUUGAAAAAUCAAUGCUCAUGUAUCGUAGGGUUCUUGAUAUUCUGGAGAGAACUUAUGGGAAGAGUAACACUUUUCUCAUCACACCAUUGUUGGGAAUAGCAAAAGUUCUUGGUUCUACUGGAAAAGUAACAGAAGCAAUAGAACACUACCAUGGUGCAAUGACAAUUUUGGAAUUGAGCAGAGGUUCUGAAAGUGAGGAUUUGGUGGUACCUUUAUUUGGACUUGGAAAUCUUUUACUGAAGGAAGGACGGGUUGCAGAUGCAGAAAAUUCUUUUAUUAGAAUUUUAGAUGUAUAUACAAAGUUAUAUGGAGAGAAUGAUGGAAGAGUUGGAAUGGCCAUGUGUUCCCUAGCCCAUGUGAAGUGUGCUAAAGGGAGUGUGGAUGAAGCUAUUCAUUUAUAUAAAAGUGCACUUCAGAUCAUCAAGGAUUCAAGUUAUAUGGCUUUAGAUGACAACAUCAUGGAGAAGAUGAGGAUUGAUUUGGCAGAAUUGCUUCAUGUUGUUGGAAGAGGGAAAGAAGGCCGAGAGCUACUAGAGGAAUGCUUGUUGAUUACUGAGAAGUAUAAAGGAAAAGAGCAUCCCAGCUUAGUUACCAAUAUUCUAAAUCUUGCAACCUCCUAUUCACGCUCGAAGAAUUUUGUGGAGGCUGAACGCUUGCUGAGGACAAGCUUGCAGAUUUUGAAGAAGAGUGUGGGGCCAGAUGAUCAGUCCAUCACCUUUCCGAUGCUGCAUCUUGCAGUUACUCUGUACCAUUUAAAACGGGAUGAAGAAGCUGAGAGUCUUGCCCUGGAGGUUUUGCGCAUCCGAGAGAAGGCAUUUGGUAAAGAAUCUGUUCCAGUUGGGGAGGCUCUAGACUGUUUAGCAUCCAUUCAGAUGAGACUGGGGAGGGAUGAUGGUGCCUUACUGGAGCUGCUUAAGAGGGUUCUGAGAAUUCAAGAGAGAGAGCUUGGCUACGAAAGUGAGGAGGUACUUGAAACUCUGAAAAAGAUUGUAUUCUACCUUGACAGAAUGGGGAGAGGGGAAGAGAAAUUGCCUCUGCAGCGAAGAUUGUCUAUGCUUAGAACCAAAUUCAAGCAAAGGGUCCGGUACUAACAGCCUUUCAUGAUUCAAACCCUUGAGGAUGGUUCUCUGCUGUGUUGGGGCAACGAGGAAGACUCGAGUUUCUAGAUACAAGAACUUGCUGCAGAGUCGGGAAUCAUCGGCCUGAUCAAAUCUCUACUGGAUCAUCCAGUGCCUGCAAAGCUAAUAUACUUUCACACUGCCCAUUGACAGCAGAAGACAAGAAAAAUAUUGUGCAGCAGUACAUCAAAUCAAAGAUCAAAAGAGAAAGAGAUGAAAAAUUUUGCAUUGUGGUAGUCAUCCACAGCUGGGCCAGGCGGCCCAGGCUCAAUCUUCUGCAAAAGUUAAGAGUACAUCAAAGACCAUUCUCAGGCUUCCUUGCAUUAACCGAGGAGAGCAUUGGGAGGAAAUUAACUUUCGAUGGGUUUCACGUGAGAAAGCUUAAAGAGAAUGAAUGUGAGUGUUGAACUCGAGGUGGGUGCAUCCCAUUUUUUCUUGCAAUUGUGCCAUUUGAUUUCUCCAAUUUUUGUUUGGAUCUUAAAGCAAACAAAUGGUAGUGGUUACAAAUUUAAAGUUUUUCUACCCAAAGGCCAUGUUUAGUUGUAUAUGGUGGCAACAUGAUUUGUCUUAUCAUAUAGUUAAAGCUUGUAUACAAUUUUUUCUUUUUAAUAGAGAAUAGUAUUCUUAUGUGCGCA